AUGCACUUCAUUUUACCCGGAUUGGUUUUUUUUCUUCUGACGGUUGUUCUGUUCGAGGCUCUGCCAAAGUCCAAUGCUUCUUCGUCGGCUGAAUUAUGCGGCUUGUCGGGCUGCCAUGCGGUCGACAUUGCAAAGAAAUACACCGAGCAAACUAUGCACAAGAUGCUCAAGAUGAUCAAACCUGAGGCGCUCGAAGAAGUCUUUCAGAAUAUGGAAAGAAUGGAAGGUCUCAUCACUAAAGUAGACGACUUGGCGCGCGAAGUCGAGAGUCUCUUCCAGCCUGUGUGGCCCGUGGGCACCGGAGUGACGCGGUGGUCGCGGUGCGCGGAGGGCCCGUGUUCUUGCACUGAAGACACGCGAGCCGUGAGCUGCUGGAGGCUGGAGGGCUUGGACCGUGUGCCGAGAAAACAACAUCUGCCGGUCGACGUCCAGACGCUAGACCUGAGCAUGAACAAGCUACGUUAUCUUCACAAGAAUUCUUUCAACCGAUUGACACACCUAGAGGAGAUAGACCUGAGCGAAAAUGACCUGCAGCAGCUGCCUCCUAGCAUUUUCUUUGAUCUGGAGAAUCUACAGCACGUGAAGCUACGAAAAAACAGCUUACGUCACUUGCCCCCAGACCUCUUCAUGGAUUCAAGAUCCCUGCAGACCAUCGACAUUUCAGUGAACGCCCUGGAGAGCCUGCCAGGCAGCACGUUCAUGGGCCUGCCUCACCUACACACGCUCAGCCUCUCCGACAACUCGCUCACGACGCUGCAGGCCGCCACCUUCUCGCAGCUGCGAAAGCUUGAGGAACUCGACUUGUCCGAGAACAAAAUCCAGGACCUGCCCAGGACCGUGUUCAGCUCGCUCAGUCAGCUGCGGCAGCUGCACCUGCACCACAACAACAUCGAGCACCUGGCACCUGAUGUGUUCUCGCCUCUGACGAGCCUGGAAAUGCUCAGGCUCGACCAUAACAAGUUGAAGGUGCUACCACCCAGUCUCCUGAGCCACCAAGCGUCCCUGGCGAUGUUAGAGCUCACAGGCAACAGCCUCGAGUCUGUGCAAGCAAGCGACUUCUUAGGGCUGCGCAACCUGAAGGAGCUUUAUCUCGGCCAGAACAACAUCGGGAAAAUACUCAACCGCACGUUUGCUGGUACCCCGAAGCUUGAGAAGUUAUAUUUAUUUUCUAAUAAAAUUGCCAAGGUGGAAAUUGCCGCUUUUUCCGGCAUGAACAACUUAACAUGGCUCCUGCUAAACAAUAACCUGCUCAGCGACCUGCCCAGGCGCAUCUUCGUCCGCUCGCCUAAUCUUCUCAGGCUUCAGAUUGACAGCAACAAGUUCAUGCGACUACCGCCAGGACUGCUGGAUGACUUAGAAAAAGUUGAGCAAGUGAAGUUAUCUCGUAAUCCCUGGCACUGUGACUGCAACAUCCUUUAUCUCACCAAUUGGCUUCACGCUCAUGGAGACAAAAUCUGGGACCGUCAACCGAAGUGUCGGGGCCCUGGUGACCUCGGCGGCCGCCUCGUGUACGACAUGACCUUCAACUCUGUGUGUGAUGGCCAGUGGGCCUCCAUGACCAACAUUAAGGGCAGGGUUUAAUGUUACAGUGGGCCUCCAUGACCAACAUUAAGGGCAGGGUUUAAGGUUACAGUGAGCCUCCAUGACCAACAUUAAGGGAAGGGUUUAAGGUUACAGUGGGCCUCCAUGACCAACAUUAAGAGCAGGGUUUAAGGUUACAGUGGGCCUCCAUGACCAACAUUACCUUCCUUUGUUUAAAAACGCAUCCAAAUAGGGGAAUGGUUUGAAAACAAUUGUGACAAUU